AUAAUGCCACGUGGCAGAAAUAACGUUAACAUCUCCAAGCUCCCCUUGGCUUGUUUGUUUUUGUUCCCACCAACUGAUCCACUUUGAAAAAUCAAUCUCCGGAAAGCUUGCUCUUUUUUCUUAACCGCUCCACCCUGUAAUCACUGCCCUAUUUUCUUAAAACACAAGCCAUUUAAAUUUAAAUUAAUCCUUGCAACCCAUUUCACAUUUUCUCAUCUCCUCUUCCAUUCCUAAGUUUUUUUUUUUUACUCCAUUCUCUUCUCAAAUGGGUAGAUGGGGACAAGACUCCGAUUUCAAAACCCAUUUAGUCACAGAAAUUUGCUCCAUUUCAACACGCUCUGUUGCCUGCAUUCACAGACAUGGUUUCGGCGCGCUUAAAUCACGUUUCAUUGAUUGGUAUCGUGUUCUUGGAGUGGAAGAAAAUGCAGGCAUAGAUGUUAUUCGCAAGCAAUACCAUAAGCUUGCUUUGCAACUUCAUCCAGAUAAGAACAAGCACCCCAAGGCUGAAAUUGCUUUCAAGCUUGUCUCAGAGGCAUAUACAUGUGUCUCUAAUGGUGCAAGGAGAAGAGCCUUUGAUUUGGAGAGAUGGAAAAACUUCUGCUUUCAGUGCAAUACAAUUCCUUAUACGACCUGCAGUACUCCUAGAAAGUCCAAUGCUUCAAAAACCAGUCGGUGUAAGAAUCUUACAAGCCGUUUCCAAGGUCUAAAAGGCAUCAGAGAAAGAUUCAAAGAGGAGGUCAAGGUGAUAGAGAACUGUUUGAGGGCUAAUGCAACAUCAAGGGCGGAAUCGCCACUCUUCAAUCCAUCCGACGGAUUAUUCCCAAGCAGCAACAGGACAAGGAAAGAAUCCCCAGUCUUUAAUCCAUCGGACUACACAUUCCAAGGCUACCCACAUCUUAGGACCCGAAUUUGCAAGAAACCUGAAAACUAUUGGUUCUUGCAGUCUGGCAGGGGAUAUGGCACCCCAAUUUUUGAAGUCAGGUCAGAAACGGCAAUGCUUAGAAGCAAAUCUGCCUGUGUGCGUUCCUAAUGUUAGGAUAAACAGGUGUAAUUCAUUGCAUUGACUAAAUAAAAUGUGAAGAUUUAUUGUCUUUAA